CACCACCGAAGUGAAAGUAAAAACAGGGGAGACGGGGGUCUUUAAAGUGUGGCCUGUUUGGAAAUUGAUCUGGGAGCGCAGGGACCCCUGCUCAGUAGAAAUGGCAUCUUCUGGCCUCCUCCUACCCGAGGAGCUGUAUCACUGCUCCAUCUGCCUAGAUGUGUUCAUAAGCCCCAUCUCACUGCCAUGCGGGCACAGCUUCUGCAUGGCCUGUAUCAGGGAGUAUUGGAGCAAUAAAACUCAGUCAUGCUGCCCAAUGUGUAUGAGGUGUUUUGAGAACACACCUGAGCUCCACAUAAAUACUUGCAUCGCUGAAACAGCAAAUCAUUUCAGAAGGAUGCUUGUCAAUUGCUCUGUUGCAAAUGGAGAGGUGCCCUGUGAUGUCUGCACUGGGUUGAAACUCGGGGCCCAAAAGUCCUGCUUGGUGUGUCUGACCUCUUACUGCAAGAUACACCUGGAGCCUCAUCAGAGAGUCGCAGCCCUUAAGAGACACAAGCUGGUGGACCCCGUGAAGAACCUGGAGGACAGGAUGUGCAAGGAGCAUGAGAGGCCCCUAGAGCUGUUCUGCAGGCAAGAUCAGAUGUGCGUCUGUGUGCUGUGCACUGAGACAGAGCACGAGAGACACGACACAGUCCCUGUGGAGAGACAGUGGGCUGUGAAGAAGAUUCACUUGGAAAAGAGAAGGACAGGCAUUCAACAGAUGAUUCGGGACAGAGUGAAGAAAGUGGAAGAGAUUGAGCAGCUGGUAAAGCAGAGCAAGGUUAGAACAGAAAAGGAGAUUGAGGACAGUGUGCGAGUCUUCACCGAUCUAAUACAAUCCAUUGAGAGAACUCAAGUAGAACUCCUUGAGGUGAUAGAGGAAAAGCAGAAAGCCGCAGAACGGAGGGCUGCAGAUCUCAUCAAGGAGAUGGAAGCGGAAAUCACUGAGCUACAGAGGAGAAACACUGAGCUGGAAGAGCUCUCUCAAGCUGAGGACCACAUCUACUUCCUACAGAGUUUCCCACCCCUCUCUGAUGAUCCACAGACCAAAGACUGGUCUGAUAUCAUUAUUCACACUGACCAUUGUGUGGGGACCAAGUGGAAUGUGUAUGGUCAGCUUGGGGAACACAUCAGCAAAGUAAUAGAUGAACAGCUACAGAGUGAACUCAGGAGAAUACAGAAGUAUGCUGUCGAUGUGACCCUUGACCCGAAGACAGCGCACCCAACCCUGCUCUUAUCAGAGGAUGGAAAGAGGGUGCAUGAUGGAGACACUGUGCGAAAUGUUCUCGACAACCCGCAAAGGUUUGACUGCUGUCUGUGCGUCAUGGCGACCGAAGGCUUCACGACUGGGCGUCACUACUGGGAGGUAGUGGUCAAGGAUAAGACGAACUGGGACCUUGGCGUGGUUCGAGAAUCCAUCAACAGGAAAGGAGAGCUUACUGCGUUCCCAGAAAAUGGAUUUUGGACAAUUUGGCACAGGAAUGGGACUGAAUAUUCAGCAAACUGCUCACCUCCUGUUGUUCUUUCUCUUGUUGAGAAGCCCCAGAAGGUGGGGGUGUAUGUGGAUUACGAGCAGGGGCUGGUUUCCUUCUACAACGUAGACAAAAGGUCUUGCAUCUGCACCUUCACUGGUUAUACCUUCAAAGGUAAACUGUAUCCGUUCUUCAGCCCCUGUCACAAUGAUGGUGUUAACAAUUCCAGCCCCCUGAUCAUCUCAGCCAUCUCCCAUGCACAGUGACUGCCACAUUUAAGCUCUAAUAAUGUGCAUUGGAAAUUGUAUUUUUUUUCCUAAGUAAAAAAGGUUUCUGUAUGUGAGAAUUAGCUGCACGGCUAAGAUAUUUCCUCAUUUGCUUUAACCUCAACUUUGUGUAAGGAUAUUAUAACAAAAGCAUUAGUACUGGCGCAUUAUUGGUGAUCAAUCAUUGUUAUGUAUUGUUUUUUCUUGCAGAAGCCGGGUAUGUAUGUGACAUUUUGUAUCUUCAAAUAAAACUGAAUUCUUCAUGGA